UCGCGUCCGCCCAGCAAGUACUGUCGCGACACGGCGUUAACCGCUGUUACCYACCUAUUUGGUUUUUCAUUUUUGUUAUUUCUCACUCCGUUUCGCGCGGUGUCGUCCGUCAGUGUGUAUUUAUUAUUCGUACGCGAUUGCAUUCGCGUUCGCGAGCUCGCUUGAUAGCCACACCGGUCGACGUUUAUAAAUAUUAUUAUCAAACGAUAUUAUUUUUAUUUUUCCGCGUCCGAUACGCGACGACUAAAUACUCGUUAUUAUUGACAUCGAGCAUAUUUUUAUUUAAAAAAAAAAAAUCAACGACGACGGCAGUUUCACUCGCAGGUCGUGGAAAAACAACAAUUUGACGUUUUUACGAUUUUUUUUUUUUUCGACAACUCGUACGCGAGCGCCACAUGGAUAACGCUCCGUCCUGAACGCCGCAGACAGCCCGCACGCCGCACACAAACCAAUCGUUGAGAAAUGGUAGCGGACACGGCCAGCAGUUAUCAUCAUCAACAGAAAACUCAGCAGCAGCAGUCGCAGCAACUAAACCAGCACCAACAACAGAAAGUCCACCAGCAACAGCAGCAGCAACUUCAUCAGCAACAGCAGCAGCAACUUCACCAAAUCCAUCUGCAACGCCAACAACAACAACAGCAUCAAAACAGUGGCGGAAACAUGCCACAGUAUUGUAGCGAUAUGGAACAAUCAGGCGGCCCUGGGAGCAUGAGGUACGACGAUUCUGUAUCACCAGGACCAGAAUCGCCAGGACCCGGCGAAYCGUACCCACCCGGGUUUGACUUGACGGCGCAUCUGCAGCACAAGGAGUUCUUUGCGCAGCGCAAGCAGCGUGAAUUUAUACCGGAUAACAAAAAAGAUGAAAGCUAUUGGGACAGGAGGCGACGAAACAACGAGGCAGCCAAACGAUCCCGCGAAAAGAGGAGGUUCAACGACAUGAUCCUCGAACAGCGGGUGGUUGAACUCAGCAAGGAGAACCACGUACUCAAGGCCCAACUCUCAGCUAUCAAGGAUAAGUUCGGCAUCAGUGGCGAGGCUGUGGUUAGCGUUGAACAGGUUAUGGCUUCUUUACCUACAAACGAACAAGUGUUGAGCAUCACGAAACGCCCAAAACUUUCCACGUCGUCUUCGUCUUCGUCGAUAGGUUACUCGCAGAACGGAUCCGGUCCUAUACCCACGUCGGUCAUCCACCAGCCCGUCCAGUCUACCACGCCCAAAAUGAACGGCUCGUACUAUGGUGGCGCACAGUCCGAUUGCGACAGCYCUGUCGACCAACACCAACAACAGCAGCAACAACAACACCAGCAGCAGCAGGGCGACCGUUCGAACGGCGUCAAUGGCCUGCCGAUGUCCGUGGCCGCCGCAGCUGUGGCCGCCGCGGCACAAGCCGGGUACCCGCCGUACCCGUUUGCACCGGUUCUGCCCCCACUGCAGCCGCCGUCGUUCGAAUCGGCCGCCAACAGCGUACUGAACCUCAGCCGCCGGCCACCGUCACCAUACGAGCUGAGCAGUGGCAGUGGUGACGACACGUCGUCGUCUUGCGUGCCC